CAAAGGCCACCUGUGUAAGAUGGCUGGCGGUCCGAGUUGCUGUGUCUUCGGGGAGUGGAAAGUGAUGGUACAUCCUCUCCCUACAUUUUGCUAUGAGUUUCCUAAUAGACUCCAGCAUCAUGAUUACCUCCCAGAUACUUUUCUUUGGAUUCGGGUGGCUUUUCUUCAUGCAUCAACUGUUUAAGGACUAUGAGGUGCGUCAGUAUGUUGUACAGGUGAUCUUCUCUGUGACUUUCGCGUUUUCUUGCACCAUGUUUGAACUCAUCAUCUUUGAAAUCUUAGGAGUAUUGAAUAGCAGCUCCCGUUAUUUUCACUGGAAAAUGAACCUGUGCAUAAUUCUGCUUAUCCUGGUUUUUAUGGUGCCUUUUUACAUUGGCUACUUUAUUGUGAGCAACAUCCGACUGUUGCAUAAACAGCGACUGCUUUUUUCCUGUCUUUUAUGGUUGACGUUUAUGUAUUUCUUCUGGAAACUAGGAGAUCCAUUUCCCAUUCUUAGCCCAAAACACGGAAUCUUGUCCAUAGAACAGCUCAUCAGCCGGGUAGGUGUUAUUGGUGUGACUCUCAUGGCUCUUCUUUCUGGAUUUGGUGCUGUCAACUGUCCAUACACUUACAUGUCCUACUUCCUCAGGAAUGUGACUGACAUAGAUAUUCUAGCCCUGGAACGGCGACUGCUCCAAACUAUGGAUAUGAUCAUAAGCAAAAAGAAAAGGAUGGCAAUGACACGGAGAACUAUGUUUCAGAAGGGGGAGGUACAUAACAAACCAUCAGGAUUCUGGGGAAUGAUCAAAAGUGUUACCACUUCAGCACCAGGAAGUGAAAAUCUUACUCUUAUUCAACAGGAAGUGGAUGCUUUGGAAGAACUAAGCAGGCAGCUUUUUCUGGAAACAGCUGAUCUAUAUGCUACCAAGGAGAGAAUAGAAUACUCCAAAACUUUCAAGGGGAAAUAUUUUAAUUUUCUGGGUUACUUUUUCUCUAUUUACUGUGUUUGGAAAAUUUUCAUGGCAACCAUUAAUAUUGUUUUUGAUCGAGUUGGGAAAACUGAUCCUGUCACAAGAGGCAUUGAGAUCACUGUGAAUUAUCUGGGGAUUCAGUUUGAUGUGAAGUUCUGGUCCCAACAUAUUUCCUUUAUUCUGGUUGGAAUAAUCAUUGUAACAUCUAUCAGAGGAUUACUAAUCACUCUUACCAAGUUCUUUUAUGCCAUCUCUAGCAGUAAGUCCUCCAAUGUCAUCGUCCUGCUAUUAGCACAGAUAAUGGGCAUGUACUUUGUCUCAUCUGUGCUGCUGAUCCGAAUGAGCAUGCCCCUAGAAUACCGCACCAUAAUCACUGAAGUCCUUGGAGAACUGCAGUUCAGUUUCUACCACCGUUGGUUCGAUGUGAUCUUCCUAGUCAGUGCUCUCUCCAGCAUACUGUUCCUCUAUUUGGCUCACAAACAGGCACCAGAGAAGCAUAUGACACCUUGAAUUCAUUUGUAUUUCAGACUGCUAACAGGCCAGUGGUGCCAGAAUUUGGAUAUAAGAAGAGAAAAAAUGGAAUGGACCUGGGCCUAAUAUUUUUUAAACAAACAAAAUGCUAUGGUAGCAUAUUCUACCUCAAGUUCAUGCCUGCUACCUCAGAUAGUAGUGUGAUCAUGAGUAGCAUCCUCUAGAGCAUGAGAGAGCAAGGUAGCUGAAUCUAAUACUCAGCUAAGAGGUUCCUGUGUUGUUUUGAGACUGGUGCGACAUUGGGAAGCAGGUGUAGAAAAGAGUCAAGAAACUAGAGGUGGGGAAAUACACUUGAACUGUGAGGUAAGAGAAGUCUACAGUAGCUGGGCCAAAUAUGUAGGAUUUUUGUUGAAGUCAAGACUCACAUGCAAAAAGGUUUUAGCUUUCCCUUGAGAUUGACUGUCAUUAAAAUCAGAGAUUGCAA